UCACAUCACCGUUGAAUAAAAAACAUUUGCUGAAUUUCGAGUGGGUGUAACAUUAGUUGGAAUUAUUGGCCUGAAGCAGAAAGAACUCUCAAAUACAAAUUCAUCAGUACUGAAAUAAAAUGUGCAAAAUUUGUUUGCAUUUCGUGUGUGUACAAUUUCUGUUAUUAAAUUUUUAUGUCAUAAAUGUUCGUGGUCUGUGUUUGGCGACGGAACCACCGACUUGUCUAACGAAUUUGGAAGAGGAGGAUGCCAAAGAAAUUCUGGAUUAUGUGUUGAGCAAAUAUGAAGAGGUUGGCAUGAAAAUCACCGGUGAGCCAUUGGCGGUUCGUGGUAAGCGCAUAUCAUCCGGAGGCACUGAAGAAUUUCACAUUGUCUUCCACUACGUGGACAAUACUCCUGGUGAUGUGAUACAAAAUUGUGUUUUCAUUGUUGUGCAUAAUCCAAAUGCUUGCGAGACUAUAAGUACGGUGUGUAAUACAUUUUUACCCGUAACUCCUCGACCACUCCUAAAGCUCGAAGACUUAACCGUUUGCGAGGAUGGCGAGGAGCAAACAAGAUCACACGAAGAAACCGGAGAUGAGAAAACGGCAUAAAAACGACACAGACAGAGUAACAAAAAAACUACUUACUCACCACUUUGUAUGUUAGAAAAUAAGUUUGCAGUUAUUAUUAAAGCAGUAUUAUGAAUAUAUUAAAAGCAGGUUAUUCAAAUA